AGCUGGCUGUGUGGGAAUGCUUAGAACACAGGGCACAAAACUUUUGAAAGAAAUAAAAGGAUCAGAAAGCAUGAGGAACGUGCCAGAGUUUGUCAGGCAUUCGCCUUUGUCUUUUGCCCGAACAUAUAAUCUCUGGCGGCCGACAAUAUGACAACAAUGAAGUUUUCUCACCGUGUUAUCUUCGUAGGGGCAUCCCUCUUCAUCAGUGUCACCCUGUAUCUGUUCCUGAACGUCCAGACUCUGCAGGACAACCGGCAUGUACCUAGACGUAAAUUGAUGGAAACCCACCUGUGGCCUUUACGCGAUUCCAACUCACCCGUGAUUCAGCCGGUCUCCGACUGUGCCUUUGGGACGAGCUAUCAUGUGUCAGCCAACAUAACGACGCAGUCUAUAUUCAACUCGAUUAACUUCCGAACUAGUUACGAUGGCUCCUAUCCGUUGCCAACUGUGGAGACGCGGCCACCAUUAACCAGGAAGGACAAGAUAGCGGCCCCUUUAAGAGUUGUGGUGGUGCCUCAUUCUCACAACGAUCCGGGCUGGAUAAAAACCUUGGACGAGUAUUAUAUUGAUCAGACCCAACAUAUCUUAAAUAACAUGGUGGAACGGUUGACUAAGUACCCUAAUAUGACCUUCGUGUGGUCAGAGACGGUAUUCUUGUCUAUUUGGUGGAAUAGUUUGGAAGACCAUGUCAGACUGCAGGUCCGCCGGUUAGUCAGGAAAGGUCAGUUAGAAAUAGUGCUUGGCGGAUGGGUGGUUCCAGACGAAGCCAGCACGCAUUAUUUUUCAUUAAUAGAGCAAAUCAUCGAAGGUCACCAAUGGAUUCUGGAAAACUUAAAUGUAAAACCAGUAAAUAGUUGGUCCAUUGAUUCUUUUGGCUAUUCGUCUACGGUCUCUUACCUGUGGAAACAAACCGGUCUGCAGAACAUGGUUAUACAGCGUGUUCAUGGCAGUGUUAAAGGGUACCUGGCUGCCAAGAAGAGUUUAGAGUUUCGCUGGAGACAGUUCUGGGACCAGUCCGGAACCACCGAUAUAAUGUGUCACGUAAUGCCCUACGCUUUGUACACUAUCAAAUAUACGUGUGGCCCGGACCGCUUUAUGUGCCUUAUGUUUGAUUUCCGUCACAUUCCCGGGGAAGUUAAUGAAGCUAAAGGUAAGACGAUAGACGACACCAAUAUCGAGUCGCAGGCCACGUAUUUGUAUGAACAAUACCGGAAAAAGUCUUCCUUGUACAAAUACGGUACCGUCCUCGUGCCCUUAGGGGACGACUUCAGGUUUAAUAAGCCUCAGGAAUGGCAACAACAACAUGACAAUUACAUGAAACUGUUCGAGUACAUGAAUUCUAGGAAAGACUGGAAUAUUGAUGUCGGGUUUGGAACUUUAACAGACUAUUUCGACGCACUGAGAGUUGCUGAGGGAAGAGCCUCAAAGACAAAAUCUGGUGGAUUUCCUGUCUUGAGUGGUGACUUUUUCCCUUACUCGGAUCGGGAUAACACUUACUGGAGUGGAUAUUACAGCUCGAGGCCGUUCGGCAAGAGGCUGUCCAGAGAGGUGGAGAACAACUUGAGAUCGGCGGAAAUCCUUACAACAUUCGCCAAUAUAUAUUCCAAGCAAUUAGGCUACCGUUUCGACAAUCACCAUGUCUAUCUGGCAUCCUUACAACAGGCCAGACGCAGCUUAGCUUUAUUUCAACAUCACGAUGCAAUUACGGGAACUUCAAAGGAGUAUGUGGCCGGUGAUUACAUGAGGAAGCUGGCCGUGGCAUACAACCAUACCCAUGAGGCUAUAGCCGGAGCCAUGCAGAUGCUGCUCACAAAAGGAACGGUCUCAGUGUCAGAAAAUAAACUGCUGCCAGCAGAAACAAAAACCAUGUUUCUAAGGUUUCCUCAGAGAAAGCAUAUCCAUGUUUCUGAAGAGGGAACAGAUGUUGUAUUCUUCAACCCUGUCGGACAGACAAGAAAAGAAAUAGUUCAUCUCCAGGUAGAUAGCGACACUGUAGAAGUUAGGGAUGAAAAUGAUAUGCCCGUCCCAUGCCAGCUCAACCCAAUUUGGGUAGCCACUAUAAGAAUUUCAGAAGUUAAUUUUGAAAUUGUCUUCCCGGUGGAGUUAGCGCCCCUAGGCUUGGUUGUGUACAAGCUGACACGUCUCUCGGAAGAGCCAGCCAAAUUGUACCCUGCCGGAAUUCUCAUGUACAACACUUUAGAUUUCGUUCUCCCGAGCACGUCGCGGCUGAUAGAAUAUCGACCUGACAUUGGAAGCGAAAUUGUUCUACAAAAUGAACAUUUAAAAGCUACUUUUUCUCAAAAAACGGGCUAUUUGCAGUCUGUUGUCAACAAAACGUCUGGACUACGUACCGAAACAAAACUGGAAUUCCUGCAGUAUAAAUCUCGUGGUAGUGGUGCUUAUAUUUUUUACCCCGAGGGAAAGGCGCGAACAUUUGAAGAACUGCCCUUCAUUAUUCGAGUAAUUAAGGGACCUAUUAUGUCCAGUGUUGAAGUUGCUCACCAGCAGUAUCUCAGACAUUUGGUUAAACUUUAUUCCGGUUUUACUGUCCAGAGUAUGGGAUUACAUAUAGAAAACGAAAUAUUUCUUUUUAAGAUGGCGGAUGUGGAGGUAAUUAUGCGUGUGAAAACAGAUCUUGGUAAACGCUCUAACUUUUUUACAGACCAAAAUGGGUACCAGUUCAUAGCUCGCAAAACCCACGCAAAACUGCCUAUCCAGGGGAACUAUUACCCGAUGACGUCAGCCUGCUUUCUGGAAGAUCCGUCUCGUCGUGUCACCUUGCACAGCGGACAAGCUCUUGGAGUGGCCAGUCUGAAAAAUGGCGAGAUGGAGGCCAUGAUAGAUCGGAUGCUUAUAUAUGACGAUGACCGGGGCCUGGGGGAAGGACUCCAGGACAAUAAACCUACCAGACUAUACUUUGUUUUGCAAGUAGAAUAUUCUGAGUCUGAGCGGACUCCAUCGUUACUAAAAUACUACUCUUAUCCGUCUUUGAUAAGUUCCACCAUGAAUGACUUGCUGCAGAACCCCGUGCAGGCUUUCUAUGCAACCCCAAAUAUGCAAUUCGGAAUACGGAAACUGGAACUCCUCAAGGAGCCGUUUCCAUGUGACAUCACCCUUGUGAAUUUGAGGAAUCUAAUGACAUCUUUAAUGACGGAGAAUGGGACAGCAGUAAUUCUGCACAGACGAGGGUUCGACUGCUCAUUUCCGGCAUCUGGUCUAACGUGCGCCCUGAGUCAUGGAGAGCUCGCUCUCAAUUCUAUCCUGAGUGAAAUUCAUUUGAAACAGGUUCGAAAGAUGUCUUUGUCGUACAUGUACGAGCUGAAAAAGAUAAGAACAGGGCGACUACAGCUUUCGCCUAUGGAAAUUGCAUCUUUCCAUGUUCAGUGGUGAAUUUCUGAAAAAUAAAUUAAAGAAUGGCAAAAUGCGUUGUGUAGGCACACCUGUUGGUAGUAUCAUGUAUCAUAUGUGAGCAAACCGGAUCUUGAGAGAUGUACAAAAUAU